AUGCUGUUCUCAAACGUUUUCCUGCCUACCGCGCUUCUUGCUGCGCAGGCUGCCGCCCACGGCGCUGUCACCAGCUAUGUCAUCGACGGAGUUACGUACCCAGGUUACGAAGGUUUCUCACCUGCCUCCUCGCCCAAGACAAUCCAACGCCAAUGGCCCGACUACAACCCCACAAUGAGCGUCAACGACAAGAAAGUCAUGUGCAACGGUGGCACAUCAGCCGAUCUCUCUGCCAAAGUAGCUGCCGGCGGAAAGAUCCGUGCCAACUGGAAGCAAUGGACGCACGAGCAGGGUCCAGUCAUGGUCUGGAUGUACAAGUGCUCUGGUGACUUCAAGAGCUGCGAUGGCAGUGGAAAGAAGUGGUUCAAGAUCGACCAAGAAGGCAUGACAGCGCCUCCCCUUUCGGGACGUAACUGGGGCACGGCCAAGGUCCUCAAGAACCUGUACUGGGAAUCCGUUGUUCCCAAGUCGCUUGCGCCUGGUAACUACCUCGUUCGCCAUGAGUUACUUGCUCUCCACCAGGCCAAUACGCCUCAGUUUUAUGCCGAGUGCGCGCAGAUUGAAGUGACGGGUAGCGGCAGUGCGUCGCCAAGUGGUGAUUAUCUGGCAAACAUCCCUGGAUACGCGGCACAGAGUGACCCGGGUAUCACGGUUGAUACGUACAGCAGUGCUAUCACUACAUACACUUGCCCAGGACCUAAGGUGUGGACUGGUUAG